GUGCGAUCUCUGCACAGCUGAGUUCAGCCUGGCCGCCUCUCCGGGAGGCUUGUGGCUCUGCAGACCUGGGAGGAGGGAGGCUCCUGUCGGCAGUGUACGGCUCGGAGAGACGCCUGGGACCUCCGCGCAGCAGCAGCCGUUGCCUAAAUGUGGAUUGUUUACAUCGGUGGGUCAAGCCGUUCCUGCUUCCCCGCCUCGCCGCGCCUCCGAGCGGCCGCCUCGGCUCAGCGGCGUCGCCGCAGAUAGCGUCAGUGGAGCGGGGCUGAUGGCCGCGGUGCUCGCCCCGGCCUUCAUCACCAUCCGCCUGUGUGUCUGCUAGAGAGCAACGAGAAGCCGCGCUGCCGCAUCUAGUCGCCCGAAGCCCCGCGGGAAGCCCGGAGAAAGGAGGGGAGGAGCGGCGUUUGGGGCGCAGCAUCGCACCGUGCAUGGUGCUGCGGUGUCGCAGGCAGUGGAUGAGCAGCCGGAGCUAACCCAGAGAUGGCUGUUCUCAAACUGGCCGAUCAGCCUCCUCUCAUCCAGGCGAUCUUCAGUGGAGACCCUGAAGAGAUCCGUAUGCUCAUAUACAAGUCAGAAGACAUCAAUGCCCUGGAUGCAGAGAAGCGCACCCCGCUGCAUGCAGCGGCCUUCCUGGGCGAUGCUGAGAUCACAGAGCUCCUCAUCCUCUCUGGGGCCCGGGUCAACGCCAAAGAUAAUAUGUGGCUCACCCCUCUCCAUCGCGCUGUGGCAUCUCGGAGUGAGGAGGCGGUGCGAGUUUUGAUCCGCCACUCUGCCGAUGUGAACGCGCGGGACAAGAACUGGCAGACGCCGCUGCAUGUUGCUGCAGCCAAUAACGCGCUGCGGUGCGCUGAGGUCAUCAUCCCGCUGCUGAGUAGUGUCAAUGUGUCAGAUCGUGGCGGACGCACCGCACUGCAUCACGCUGCCCUCAAUGGCCACACUGAGAUGGUAAACCUCCUCCUCACUAAAGGAGCCAACAUCAACGCCUUUGACAAGAAGGAUGGCCGAGCACUGCACUGGGCAGCUUUCAUGGGACAUUUGGAUGUGGUGUGUCUGCUGGUGAGUCAGGGGGCGGAGAUCAGCUGUAAGGACAAACGGGGAUACACUCCCCUCCACACGGCGGCCUCCAGCGGACAGAUCGCUGUGGUCAAACACCUGCUCAACCUGGCUGUGGAGAUAGAUGAGUCCAAUGCAUUUGGGAACACGGCGCUCCACUUGGCCUGUUUUAACGGUCAGGACGCCGUCGUCAGCGAGCUGAUCGAUUACGGCGCCAACGUGAGCCAACCUAACAACAAGGGCUUCACCCCACUGCACUUUGCUGCCGCCUCCACACAUGGAGCGCUCUGUCUGGAGUUCCUGGUCAACAACGGGGCCGAUGUCAACGUACAGAGUCGGGACGGGAAGAGUCCUCUUCACAUGACAGCAGUUCACGGACGCUUCACUCGCUCCCAGACCCUCAUUCAGAAUGGUGGAGAGAUCGACAGUGUGGACAAGGAUGGCAACACCCCUCUCCACAUUGCUGCCCGCUAUGGUCAUGAGCUCCUCAUCAACACGCUCAUCACCAGUGGAGCAGACUGCACAAGGCGAGGAGUCCACGGCAUGUUCCCCCUCCACCUGGCUGCCCUGAACGCUCACUCUGACUGCUGCAGGAAGCUGCUGUCCUCAGGCCGGAGGUUUAGCAUAAUGUGUAACGACUCGGUCCUGUCUGCAGGCUUCCAGAUAGACACCCCUGACAGUCUGGGGAGGACCUGCCUGCACGCUGCUGCUGCUGGAGGUAAUGUGGAGUGUGUCAAGUUACUCUUGAGCAGUGGUGGAGAUCACAACAGGAGGGAUAAAUGCGGCAGGACCCCCCUCCACUACGCGGCUGCCAGCCGUCACUAUCAGUGUCUGGAAACGCUGGUUGCUUGUGGAACCGCCAUCAACGCCACUGACCAGUGGGGGCGCUCUGCCCUGCACUAUGCUGCUGCCUCAGACCUGGACAGGAGGCGUCGUGUUGCUCUGGAGCCAGAGAGUGAAGGAGUUCAGGCAGAGAGGGAGAAAGAGGCAGCGCUAUGUUUAGAGUUCCUGCUUCAGAGCGGAGCGACGGCCUCUCUGAAAGACAAACAGGGAUACAGUCCCGUCCACUACGCUGCAGCCUACGGGCACAGGCACUGUCUGGAACUGCUGCUGGACAGAGACGACAGCCACCAAGAGGACCCUGAAUCUGCGAACGCCAGGAGCCCACUGCACCUCGCUGCGUACCACGGACACGCUCAGGCCCUGGAGGUGCUGUUGCAGGGGGAGACGGAGGUGGACCAGGGGGAUGAGACAGGGAGGACCCCCCUGGCCUUGGCUGCCCUCCGGGGCCACACUGACUGUGUGCACACCCUCCUCAGCCAGGGGGCGUCGCCGCGCACCACUGACAUCCAGCACGGACGUACCGCUGUCCACCUGGCUGUGAUGAACGGUCAUACGACGUGUGUGCGCCUCCUGCUGGAUGAAUUGGACAGCACAGACCUCGUAGAUGCUGCUGACUCUCAGGGACAGACUCCUCUAAUGCUGGCGGUGGCGGGGGGUCACGUUGACGCCGUGUCGCUGCUGCUGGAGAGGGAAGCCAACGUCAAUAUAGCCAAUAACCACGGCCUCACUGCACUGCACCUCGGGCUGCUGUGUGGUCAGGAGGAGUGUAUCCAGUGUCUGCUGGAGCAGGAAGCCUCGGUUUUGCUCGGCGACUCGCGGGGUCGUACCUCCAUCCACCUGGCUGCGGCCAGAGGCCACGCCUCCUGGCUUAGCGAGCUGCUGAGCAUCGCCUGCUCCGAGCCACCGUCCCUGCCCCCGCUGAGAGACCACAGCGGAUACACCCCGCUGCACUGGGCCUGCUACCACGGUCAUGAGGGGUGUGUGGAGGUCCUGCUGGAGCAGAAGGGUUGUCGCUGUAUUGAUGGGAACCCGUUCACCCCUCUGCACUGCGCUGUGGUGAAUGAUCACGAGCCGUGUGCAUCGCUGCUGCUGGAGGCCAUGGGAUCAGACAUCGCUGGCUGCAAAGACGCCAAGGGCAGGACUCCUCUUCAUGCUGCAGCGUUCUCAGGUCACGUCGACUGUGUCCAGCUGCUCCUGUCCCAUGAUGCACCUGUCGAUGCUGGGGACCAAUCAGGUCGCACUUCACUGAUGAUGGCGGCUGAGAAGGGCAGAGUGGGAGCCCUAGAGUUGCUGUUGACCAGUGCCAAUGCCAACCUCAGUCUGAGGGACAAAGACGGCAACACUGCCCUGCAUCUGGCCUGCAGCAAUGGGAAGGAGGACUGUGUGUUGUUGAUCCUGGAGAAGCUGUCUGACACUGUGCUCAUAAAUGCCACAAAUGCAGCACUGCAAACUCCCCUCCACCUGGCAGCUCGAAGCGGUCUGAAGCAGGCGGUCCAGGAGCUGCUGUCCCAAGGAGCCAACGUUCAGAAGGUGGAUGAGAACGGUCUGACGCCUGCUCUGGCUUGUGCUCCUAGCAGAGAGGUGGCUGACUGUCUGGCUCUCAUUCUGGCUACCAUGAUGCCUUUCUGCUCCCCUUGCAGCUCCGGGGCCCCCUCCCCAGGCUCCCUGCUGAGGCAGCUGCCCCACCAGGGGGGUAAAGGCCCAGGCACCGGCCCGCGGGGGCUACGCAGCCCCAGGAACCCCUCGGGACCAUCCAGCGAGGGAACCACUGAGAACGACUCGGAGGACUCGGAGACCUUCUGACCCUUCCGGACCGACCCGCUACCCUCCUACCUCGAACUGUGCACCUGAACUGUGUCCUCUCUAAGGAACGUUAGCAGUGUUUUAGUCUGUGAUGUGCAUGCUUGAGGAAGGAGGGUAGAUACGUGGUUGGAUGUUUGCAGUGUCUCUAUCUUCUGUUCUUCAUGUGGGGAACGUGUACAGAAUGACCCUCCUCAGGCUGGAUGCUUUUUUUAGUGCCCUUUUCCAAAAGCAAGGAGCGGCGCAGCUGCACUGCCCCGGACUGACUGCUGCAGCCAACGAAGCUGUGGCCGAAGGAGACUUCCAUCUGGAUGGGUUACGGCUUGGGUCUGCAUGCUUGUGUUAACUUACACCACGGUUUGUUCUUUCUACUCACGGGUGCUUAAAUCCAAACCGACCUCGGUACUUAGUCUCUGCAUGGCAUAGCAGCUUGCCUCUGAGACUUGUUUUGUCUUAAAAAAGCCAUUUUUAACUGUUUGUACAAAAUGAAGUAGACCAUUAAGAAGGCUAAGUGUAAUUUGAACCUUUGCUUGUUGUACCAAAUAUUUGACUUCCACAUGUAAAUAAUGAACAUGUACUGGAGCGUCACAGGAAGAGGUACACAGAGCUCGUUUUUACCUGUUAACAUUACUGAAGCACAAAUUUGGAUAUUGCUUUUAGGUUUUGGUGAACUGUGGCUGGAAUGUGAAGUGUGCAGCCUUCAGUUACUUGUAGUUUAAAUAUUGGCACACUGGGUGUAUCUCAGUUCCCUUCAUUGGAUCACGUUUCCCUCACUUGUGAAAGGAGAUUUGAGGAAAAGACACGAGAAAAGAGGAAUUGAGGAAAGAGGUUUUUAGAGAAAUGAGACGUCCUGUCCUCUGACCCGUCGUCUGGUCUCUGGUGACGACAGCACAGCUGGUCAGUUCACUGCACAUGAGCCAUUCCUACUGGUUCUACCACAUUUUUAAACAGACAAGUAUUUCUGAUGAAUGACCACCGUUGUUUUAUGGUUCCUUUGUUAAUCAGACUCAGCACAAUUCCACCAUUUUUUUAACACAAUAGUAAUUUGGAAACCAGGAGUAGUUUGAUGGCAUCAAAUUCAAACCCACUCAUUGACUCUUUCCUUAUUUCAACCAUCACACCUGACAAUACCUCAACAAUUGCAAGUAACUACAACUCAAGACGUCUGAUCGUCGUCUUGCUGGCUCAGGAGGCAGCAGCAAGCCAGUUUUGAGUUGCAGGUUGAUUCAUUUUCACAACCUGAAAACAAGAUAGCAGCAUAAUAUAUGCAAUGUUCAUGAAAUGACACGUUCAAGUACUCCCUCCAGUAUGAACACUAUACUGGUAUGAAUCCAAGUUAAACUGGGAGAUUCUUAAAUUGGCGUGAGGAAAUCAGCUGAGUGGACUCACACAGUCACUGGUUAUCAUAGAGUGAUGUGUCCUUUCCCUCACAGAGCAGCUGCAGGCUGCACAUUAACAGGACAACACACAAACUUUCCUUUCUGCUGUUACUGAAUUAAUGUUAAUUAUCUGCUGCUCAUCAGCUCAUUUAACCUGCUGCUAUUGAUGUCUGUCGUCAUUUUAACCAGCAGCUUCCGCCUGUGUUUCCCCCUGAACUUUGCCCCGAAGAAAGAGCGAGGGGAGGGGAAAGGAGAUUCUGAAAAGAGAUUGGAAAUUCAUUCAAUAUAAGAGAUUAUGAAACAGAUUUGUCAGUGUCGGACUGUAAGGAAUCAGGGACCCUGAUUUAAAAAUGGAACCCACCCCACCCAACCUCUGUUCUGCUGUUUGUUCUGGUAAUAAAGGCUGAAGACAGUGAUGGGCUCACGCCUCCUCAAAGACAGACAGGAGGAGUUCAGGUGGUGGAUGGAGGAGUGAGGAGCCAAUCAAACAAGGGAACUGGUAUAUACCCACUGAUGAACACAGGGUUUGUUCUGCUGAGGUGAUGACGAAGAUUUAUGCAUUUUAUCCUAUGGCCUUAAACGGCCUCCUGCACUGUUUUGCCUCCAUGUUCAUCCCUACCUUUAGUGCAAUGCUAACCAACUGAAACCCUUUUCCUGCCUGGGCAGCUCUAAAUCAUGGAAGCCCAGUCUCUCCAAAUUUCUGCAGUGAUGAAGAGCUCUUUGAGGUCUCUGGUAUUUAUUAUCUUUUACAUGAUGGUACAGAUACUGCCAGCACUUAACUGUAAAAUAACACAGGGCCUUGACCACUUCUGUCUCCUUUCCCUCCUCCUCCCUGUCUGUCCACCUACCAGCUAUGUGCCAUUGUCUCAAACGUGUCCAGUGCCUUGAUGUUCAUUCAUUUUGGUUUUCUUUUUAUGUUAGUCGAUUCUAAUGUUCUUAAAUUAAAGGAUCAGUUCACCAAAAAUCACAGAAUCAUUUGUUUUGGUCACUGAACCCUCGUGGUAUUGAGCUCGUGCAGCUUUGUUCAGGUUUUGAGAUAUUUGCCUCAGACUUCUGCUACAACUGAAAUACAAAUGAUCAUUUAUGCUUUCACUGACAGAAUAUAGUCAAAGGGCAGGAAACAGGAAUGUGGGGAGAGGGGGUGACAUGCAACAAAAGCACAUUGUGGCUUUAGUUUGUGCUUCUCCGGAGGAAGGUGACAUUUCCAGAUUCAGUGAUGAUAGCUCCAGAAGAGCCACUAAAUGGAUGUUGAAGUGCGAAUGUUUUGUCAGUGAUGCAGUUCAUCAGGAUAAUCCACAGAGCUCACUGUGAACACGUGUCUUGUGUGAUUUAUUCAUUCCUAUUUUUUUGUAGUACAGCUGAAAGGAUCAAUGAGUCGAUUAGCCGAUCAACAGAAAAUCCACCUGCAUCUUUAUUCAAGCUAAGAAUUACUGGCUCCAUCUUCUCAGAUCUCAAUAUUUGCAGGUUGAUUUAGUCAUGUGUGACAUCUCACACAACUUAAUCAACCUGAACAUGUUAAUGGACAUUUUUUUGUGGUAUUUUCAAUUAAUGGAAAAUUAAGUGAAAUCUGUACUCAGUUCAGUCUGAGGAGGGUCCAGAGCGAUCAGGACCUUGUUUCUGGAAGACUGAUGCUGAGUUUAGAUUUUGACGUAAGUUACGUGAGCACCACACGCAGUGUUUCACUCUGUGUUGGCACGGAGACAGACAUCUUACAGGUGGUUAUCUCAAAACCGGGACAAAUAAACCAAAAGUAUUUGUUUAGCCAGCUGCCUCUGGACCAAAUGUUUGUUACAGUUUGGGUGAACUGAUUCCUUAAUAUGUGGAGGAAGGAUGAAUGACUGUGGAUUGGCUCUGUGUGGGGGAGGGACCCUUAUGCAGAUGUCUUUUUUGUGAAAUGGUGUCUCACUCCACUGUUUUUUUCUCCUUGAAAGUUGGUGAUAAUCUAGAUUUUUCUUGUCACCAACAAUUCCCUUGAGAUUGACCAAAACGAACUUCUUGCUACUUUACUUUCUGACUCUGACCUGUGGCGCUCAAGACUGGUCAUAAAUACACACUUAGAGUGUGUGUGAAUAGUUUCCUCAAACUGUUGUUUUUAGCAAAUGUCACUGAAACAGGAGUAAAUAGGCUGUUUGUUUGGGACUAUUUUCAGCAGCGGAUUCAUCCACAUUUGGUGCUCUGUGUAUGUGAGAUCUAUCUAAAGAAACUACACAGUCUGUAUUCACGAUGAUGAGGAAACAUGUCACACCCGGGUCAACAGUGUGGCUCAUUAAUGUCUUGAAUAGUUAUUGGACAACAUGCGAGCUGCAUUGUAUCAGGACUCUCCUGCUUUUUAACAGGAUCAGUUGUUGGUUUUGGUCUUUUCAUGGGUUUAUAGACAAAAGGAAAAUCAUAGAAUAUCUCCAGACACACCCUUUCAGUUGGUUGUGUGUGAGAGUGUGUGUGUUAGCUGAGGUACUGAUAUGAAAUUGAACUGCUUUUGUAUAUAAUGUUGACGUAAAGCUUUGUAUGAAAAAAACCCUCCAUCACAGAGGAUGUCUCCAUCCUAAAUGUUUGAAUAAGAAUACAAAACAAAGUGUUUUAUUUGAGUUAGCUUCUAUCUGAUGGACUAAAAGGUGUGUGUGUAUAUUGAUGAAUUUAUUUGAAAUGGAGAACCCUGUUAGCUGCAGUUCGAUUGUAAUGGAGACAACUCAUGGCUGAUAAGCACACGUCGUUAAUAAGCACAGUCUUUUUCUGUCCCUGAGCUGAAGGUCUGCUGCAAGACUGAACCUGUCUGCCAGUAUUAUUGUUCUACCAGAAAAUGAUCUUCACCAGUCCUGACAGUCGCUCCCGUCAUGUCUGAUGAUUUUCAGACCAGUUCCUGAUGCAGUACCACACGCUGAGGGCUGUUUGCCAGCUACCCUUUGUUUUAUAUAAAUUGUACAAUUAUAAAAAUCUGUUUGAAGUUUCUGUGGUGCUGUUUUUGUUCUUCCAGCUGACUCACGAGACAGUUCAUUUCAUUCUCCUCAUGUGGAAAUGACAUUUUUGCUGCUGAAGCUGAUGAGAAUGAUGAUUUCACUGUUUCGCUUGUGUGGCAAUCAGUUUACUUCGUAUUACUGGCUGCAGUCUUUGUAACAGCCGGCACACUGAGAAAAAUAGCAGAUGAGGAAAAAAAUCCCAAUGCCUUUGUUUUUAAAGCAUAGAGCAUUAUGAAAAGUAGUUUAUCUGCCACCACUUCAAAUCUUUCUCUCCGUUGUGAUAACUGACAAAUUCUUCAUUAUUUGUCCGUUAUUUUGCAAUAAACUGAUCUACACAUUCAUCACAAUUUCCAACAUCUUCAGUCUGCAUAUUUGUCUGACCAAAAGUCUAAAGCCAAAGUUAUUCAAUUUAUAAAUCAAAGCUGUAAACAACAUAUAUGUUGCUUUACAGCUUGAUAAAUACCUUAGACAUGAUGCUUCUCACUGGCACAGCACCGGCACCAGACCGAGAGCAUCCAAUCCAGCCACAACUUUGGCUGAUGUCGUCCACUGCAAGAAAUUUAAUAAGAGGGCACCAACGCUCACUCCACCACCUGAGCUCUCUUUGCAAAACAGGUAGGAAGCACUGAGGUUGGGCAGGAAAGGUGCGGCCCCAUUCCAACCUUUGGGAAAGGAGUCGUAUCUAACGUCAGUCAGUCAUUCGUCAGUGCUGAGCCACAGUCAGUCUCCUCUCCUGUCACAGAAUCCCUGCAGCUGAAACUAGCCCCCCUGAAUGUCCCAUCGUUGGCUAACAAAACUGAACCUGGCUGAACAGCACUACUGGUGUAACUACACUGAUAGAGGCUCGUCCUCCACAUCACACUUUUCAGUCAGUCAUCAGUCAGAGCAGGAAAGGAGGAGGCUUUGCAGCCAUUUAGCCGGUGUGUAAUGACAUUAAGUGAAUUUACAUCUGUUCAAUAUCUUGCUCUUGAGCUCAAAGCAGAAUUAUCAGUGCUACAUUACACUGUACCAGCCAACAAGAUACUCAUGCUGUUUUUGCAGGAAUUCUCAGGUCUGAUCACGUUUGAAUCAGUAGAUGAGACAGAUUCAUCCUGAAUGGAGAACUGAAUAUUCAUAUCAACAUAAAGAAUGACUCCAAAGCUAUGGGGCUUAUGAAUUAACUGGACAGCUUUGAACUGACACAACAUGUAAAUAAAGCCACACAUCAGCAUGGUGACAUUUUGGA